AUGUUCUCCCUACACCAUUCCCGAUUAAUCUCUAUCUCUCUCUCUCUCUCUGUGUAAAAAUCGUUCCAACAAAAAUGCGAAUGAGUUGCAAUGGAUGCCGGGUCCUCCGAAAGGGCUGCACCGACAGCUGCAGCAUCCGACCCUGUCUUGAGUGGAUCAAAUGCCCCGAUUCCCAAGCCCACGCCACCGUCUUCCUCGCCAAGUUCUACGGCCGCGCCGGGCUCAUCAACCUCAUCAACGCCGGACCUCAACACCUCCGACCCGCGAUCUUUCGAUCACUGCUAUACGAGGCUUGUGGGAGGCUUGUGAACCCGAUUUAUGGAUCCGUCGGGUUGCUCUGGUCCGGAAAUUGGUCGCUUUGUCAGAAGGCCGUGGAGGCGGUUCUGAAAGGAGCUCCGAUUACCCGGAUUGAGUCCGAAGAUGCGGAGCGCAACAACGGCCCGCCUUUGAAGGCUUACGACAUUCGUCACGUUUCCAAGGGUGACUCGGCCGGCUCAAGCGAUCUUCACCGGGUGAGGACCCGGUCCAAGUUCAAGAAGUCGGGGGUGAAGAAGCCCAAGACUAGGCUUUCGGUCGGAUCUGGGGACGAUUCGGGUCACGAGGAGAUGAACCGGUCGACGAGUCAUGAGUCCUCGCUGAGUCACCAGUCCGAGUUUGCGGCGAAUGUGGAGGUGGAGAGCUUGGAGGCUUCGUUUUUGCAUAGAGCCGAGCCGAAGUCAGACGCGAAGCCCAAUGAUGGAGCUGUUGAGGAUGGUGAAGUUGAGCUGGAGCUGACUCUCGGCUUCGAGCCAAUUUCACGAUCUCACCACAGCGUGAAUACUAAGGAAAAUGCAAUUGGCCGAUUCAGUGAUUCGGCGGCUGAUGAUGGCGAAUGCAGGAUGGAGCUGAGGCUGUGAUUAUCCUGCGUGAGCGUGACUGAUGAUAAAGAUAGGGUUUAGUUUUAGUUUUUUUUUGGUAUACAGAUAAUAUUUUGCUUUGUAUAAUUUUUUUAUUUUAUUUUUGGUUUCAUCUUUUUGCCCUUUAUGAAAAGAGAGAUGCACAAAUGUGAUUGUAACAUAUAAAUAUGUGAACAGACAACCUUGGAAGGGGGAUUUCCAAAUAGAGAUGAGAAACUCCAAUUCUUGUGUGAGAUGAUUGUACUACUUUUAA